AUCCUAGGUACCCAAAUGAAGCGUGGCAUUACCAUUGAUAUUGCCUUAUGGAGGUUCGAAACUACCAAGUACAACUGCACAGUUAUUGAUGCUCCUGGACAUCGUGACUUUAUCAAAAACAUGAUUACUGGUACUUCUCAGGCUGAUUGUGCCGUCCUCAUUAUCGAUUCUACCACUGGAGAUUUUGAGGCUGGUAUCUCAAAGGAUGGUCAGACUCGUGAGCACGCUCUUCUUGCUUUCACCCUUGGUGUCAAGCAGAUGAUCCGUUGUUGUAACAAGAUGGAAGCCACCACCCCCAAGUACUCAAAGGCUAGGUACGAUGAAAUUGUGAAGGAGGUCUCAUCUUACUUAAAGAAGGUUGGAUACAACCCAGACAAACUU